AUGUCUUCAAAGGAAAUUUAUCAAAUUAUAUUUGACUUUGAAAAGAGUAAUGAAGGAGAGAUCACGGUUCACGAAGGCGAUCAUGUUCAAAUCCUUGAAAAUUAUGAUGAUGGAUGGAGUUUGUGUAAAGUCAUCACGUCGUCGUCGUCGUCAGCUUCCAAAGAUCUCGAGACAGGACUCGUUCCAACCAAUUAUUGCGAACUCGUACUCAACACUAGUGAUGAUGACACCUCUCUCUCAGGUAUGAGUGCCUCCUCUCUCCUAUCUGCUCUAUCAUCAUCGUCGAAUGGAGGAAAGGAAGUGAUGGUUGAAGAUAAAUCAUUAAUGAGUGCGGAUAAACAUGUCAGUGUUUCGAAUGGUUUCAAAAUUGUGAGAACGUUUGCAUCCAACAAUGGAAGUGGUAGCAAGAAGAAUUUGUAUACUCCAACAGGUGCAGUGAAAUAUUCCAAAACCGAAUCCAUUAAUCUUGUGAGUAAAUUCUUGACAAGUGCCUCGAAACGAAAAAAACUUAAAGAUUGGAUGGGACUCAAAGAACACAAGAAUUCUCGUAAAAGAAUUGAAUUAGUGAAAGAAUUAUUGGCAACUGAGGAAAGCUAUGUUCAAUCUCUUCGGCUAUUUGUCAACACGUAUGCAAAACCAGCAAAAGCAAACACACAAUUACUCUCCGAAAAGAAGUCCAAAAUUAUCUUUUCGAAUAUUGAACAAAUUUUGGGUAUUAAUGAAACUGUAUUAUCUUCGAUUCAGGCAUCCAUGAUGAAAUGGCCCUCCAAGAACGAUAUGGGAGAAACAUUUAAUCGAAUGGCUCCCUUCUUUAAGGCCUAUGUCACCUAUAUCAACAAUUAUGAUGCUGCUUUUGAAUUAUUGGAACGAUGUGAAAAGAAAAAGAACAAAUUUUUCCAAUACAUGACAGAUCAAACGACUAAAAAUCCAACGGAACAUGGCUUGAGGUCUCUAUUGAUCAUGCCUGUUCAACGUAUUCCCAGAUACAAAAUGUUAUUGGAACAAAUAUUGUCGACCAUUCCUUCCGACAAUGUAGAAUACAAACACUACGAAGCAGCUCUUAAAACGAUCAGUGAUGUGGCUGUUUUUUGUAAUGAAAGAAAGAGACAAGAAGACGAUAGCAAUGUGGUUUUCACAGAUUUGAAAAACAAACUUAGCAAACACUACAAGGCAUUGGUCAAACCAACAAGAAAGUUCAUCAAGGAUUACAUCUUUAAAAUCAAGACCAAAGAAAAAGCAGACAAGGACGAGUAUAGAGGAUACAUCUUUACCGAUGUGUUGAUAUUAUCACAAGAAAGUGGUGGACUUUUCAGUCAACUUUCAAAGAAAUCAUUCACAUUUGUCUAUUUCUCAUUCACCAAAUUGUUAGGAAGAAAUAAUUGCGAAAUUCAAAUGAGAUAUAUUACAUCAGGAAAAGAAAUUGACUUUUCAGUCAUUGCAGGUAAUGAAGAGGACGCAAAAUCUCUCUAUGAAUUAUUCGAUGAAAGAAUCAAAAGUAUUGAAGAAAGUCAAAGUUUCAAGAAUUUAAAACUCGACCGUGACAGCUACUCGGUCGGUAAAGAACGAGUCGUAUUGGCCGAUAAGAGAGAAGACACCAAACAAAAAUUGGAAACGAGCUGUAAACAAUUUAACACAGCAGAGAAGCGAUUGAAAAAGCUCGAUCAAAGCAUUCAGAAUCAUGAAAUGGAAUUGCGACGACUCGUCGAUCAAAUUGCUCGAGAACGAGAAGAAAAAGCGAAUACCAUCAAGGAAAUGGAAGCCAUUCAACUCGUGUGUGCCGACAUUCAAGUUCAACUCAAGAAGCAUUUGGAAGAAAUUAAGACUCGUGACGAUAUUCUCUUCGAUAAGAUGGUUCACAAUGUCGACGAGGACUUUGUUCUCAUCUUUGGUGAAGAGACUCUCACCGAUCCAGUUGCAGAGUUGAAAAAGUGUCCUUCCACUAAUAUUUCAUACAUGAAUUCGAGUAGUUCCUACAAACAUAUUGAUAUUCAAGCCAUUAUGAAGGAAGUUUCCAAAGUGGAUGCCGUAAGUUUGAAAUCGUUUGUGGAUGAUAGCAGUAGUGGUAGUAGUGGAGUAGACUCACCUCUCAAAUCCCCUCCUUCUGCAUUCAGUGGUGGUUCUGGUGCCAAAUUGGACGAUUUGAAUUCACCAUCCUCAUCAUCAACCACUCCAACCUCAGCAAGACCCAAACACAUUCUUCCACCUCCUGGAUCCGAACUCAGGAAAUCCAUCACUCCAGGAAGUGAUUUGGGAGUGAGUGCUUCCAAAAUGUUUUCGGGAACAACGAGUAGUAGUAGCAGCAGCAGUAGCAGCAGUCAUCCGACACCACCUCCACGACCACCUACCAAACCUCAUAUUCAACCUCCCUCGAAAUUAUCUUCAACGAGUAGUGGUGGUCAUAGCUCUUCAUCCAGCAGCAGUGGUAGUAGUAAUAGCAGCAGUAGUAGCACUAACUCGAAUAGUGUACCAACACCUCCUCCAGCCUUUAAAACAGUGUUACCUCCACCCAAAACGAAUAAGGAUUCCUCAACUACAAGCACAACCUCCAAGUUUGGAUCGGCCAGUAGCACCACUUCAUUGUCGACAAGUCCAAGUACUAGUUCAUCCAUCAUUGAACGUGCCUCGGCUGCUACUUCAUUGAAGAUUGCAGGUUUCCAAAAAGCAACCACCACCACUACAAACUCAUCACUCUCCGUGAAUGGUACUACUACUUCGAGUCCAUUACCAGCAUCGCCAAGGGAUAAACCAUUGCCAAAACCACAAGGCAUCGGAGCAAAACCAACCAUCACUUCUUCAAUUCCACCACCUCCUUCCACACCCCCACCUGGAACAUCGACCAUGAACAAACGAUCUCCGUUACCACCACCAAAGAAGAAUUAA